AUGCCACCCCAAUCCUCGCCACCGUCCUCCGCACCAUCUCCGUCCCUACAGCGCAAGCAGCAAACUAUCUCAAGCUUCUUUACACAAAAGCCAUCUUCAACCCCGAAAGCCACUCCUACCUCUAGAACCAGUACGCCCCAGAAGUCUCAACCAAAACCAUCUAAGAAGAGACCUGCCUCUCCCGAGCCAGGAGCAAAGACAGAACAAGCACCUAAGAAGGCAAAUCAUAUCCAAGAAGACGAUGAGGAGGAUGACAUCGUCGCACCACCCACUAAACGAGCUCGAACGAACGGCUCAGCCCCUACAAAUGAUUGCCAACCAUCUGCAGAGGCUUUGCCAAACCCAGCUACCCAACUAGAGAGCAGCCAGCGAACAGACAUCUUCAAAUAUCAAAGCUCGCAGGCUUCCGCCCGACCUGCCCAAGAGGAUGAUUCGGAAGACGCACAGAGGAGAAAAGAAAAGGACCAACUACACCAGAAAUUUGUUCGGAAGCUCGGAGGUGCAGAUUGUCUCAUUGGUAUUGGACGGAAUGUAUCCAAUGACGUCGCUGUUGGAGAAGUGGAGGAAGGCGAAGAAGCCGAAGCUGAUGAUGAGCCUGCUCCUCCACCGAAGAAAGGGAAAGGCGCCGCUAAAAAGGGCGGUACUAAGUUGACACCAAUGGAGCGACAGGUUAUCGAUAUCAAGCGCAAGAAUAUGGAUACGGUGCUUGUAGUUGAGGUUGGAUACAAGUUUCGGUUCUUUGGAGAGGACGCUCGUGUUGCGGCGAAAGAGUUGGGAAUAGUGUGUAUUCCUGGAAAGUUCAGAUUCGAUGAACAUCCCUCCGAAGCUCAUAACGACCGUUUCGCUUCGGCUAGUAUUCCUGUGCACCGAUUACAUGUUCACGUGAAGCGACUAGUUACUGCAGGGCAUAAGGUCGGUGUCGUGCGACAAAUUGAGACAGCCGCCCUGAAAGCUGCGGGUGAUAAUCGUAAUGCACCGUUUGUGCGCAAAUUGACGAAUCUCUACACGAAAGGAACCUACAUUGACGAUGUGGAGGGCCUUGAGGGCUCUGUACCUGCUGCUGGGAACUCUUCGCCGGCCACGGGGUACAUGUUGUGUAUUACAGAGGCCAAUGCCAAAGGCAUGGGCAACGACGAGCGUGUUAACGUCGGUAUUGUCGCUGUCCAACCUGCCACUGGUGAUGUGAUCUACGAUGAUUUUGAGGAUGGAUUUAUGCGAAGUGAGAUCGAGACGAGAUUACUACACAUCGCGCCUUGUGAGAUUGUGAUUGUCGGAGAGAUGUCUCGUGCUAGCGAAAAACUUGUACAGCACUUAUCAGGAAGUAAGACGAAUGUUUUCGGUGAUGCAGUGCGAGUUGAGCGGGCUUCGAAAAAGAAGACAGCCGCUGCUGAGGCACAUAGCCAUGUUUCAACAUUUUACGCAGGUAAAAUGAAAGCAACAGGUACGGAAGAGGAUGCGCAAGCGGCCAAAUUACUUCAGAACGUCCUUGGGCUUCCGGAACAUGUUACAAUCUGCUUAUCUGCUAUGAUUGAACAUAUGUCUGAUUAUGGACUGGAGCAUGUGUUUGACUUGACCAAGUAUUUCCAACCGUUCUCGGCUCGUUCACACAUGCUGCUUAACGGAAAUACAUUGGUUAGUCUUGAAAUUUAUCAGAAUGGGACAGAUCACUCGGCGAAAGGGAGCCUGUUUUGGACUUUGGACCGUACGCAGACGCGAUUUGGACAGCGGCUGCUGCGACGGUGGGUUGGACGACCUUUGCUUGAUAAGGCACGCUUAGAGGAACGUACCAAUGCCGUUGAAGAAUUGACGAAUCCUGCUCGGACAGUUCCUGUCGAGCGUAUCAAGGGACUGUUGAGUAAAAUCAAGAGUGACCUGGAAAGGAGUUUGAUCCGUAUUUAUUAUGGGAAGUGCACUCGACCAGAGCUUCUUACUGUUCUGCAAACCAUGCAGAUGAUCUCCAUGGAGUUCAGCGAAGUCAAAUCUCCUGCUGAUACCAAGUUUGAUUCGCCCUUGAUCAGUGAAGCUGUUGCAUCUCUUCCUACCAUCCAAGGAGAUGUCACCCGCUUCCUGGAAAAGAUAAAUCUCCAUGCUGCCCGAACUGACGACAAGUAUUCCUUCUUCUGCGAAGAAGAAGAGACAGAAGAUAUCGAGGAACAAAAGCUCGGAAUCGGCAGCGUCGAGCAUGAACUACAAGAGCAUCUGAAGGUAGCCGAGGAGCGCAUAGAAAGAAAAAAGGUGGAAUAUGCAACAGUUUCAGGAAUCGAAUACCUCAUUGAAAUCGAAAACAAUUCUCUUGCAAUCAGAAAGGUGCCCGCCUCUUGGGUCAAAGUCAGCGGCACUAAGAAGGUCUCACGAUUCCAUACUCCCGAGGUGAUUCAACUCAUACGCCAACGGGACCAGUACAGGGAAGCAUUAGCAGCAGCCUGCGAUAGAGCCUUCCGAGCUCUGUUGGCCGAAAUAUCAACACAAUACCAAUUCUUCCGUGACUGCGUCCAGAGUCUCGCAACAUUAGACUGUUUACUCUCUCUUGCAGCUAUCGCCCAACAACCCGGCUACGUCAAACCAGAGUACACAGAUCAUCCAUGUCUCCAUGUCGAGCAAGGCCGUCAUCCAAUGGUUGAACGACUUCUCACAGACGCCUACGUUCCAAACGACACCGAUCUAGAUACAGACGCUACCCGCGCCUUACUCGUGACAGGACCAAACAUGGGUGGUAAAUCCAGUUACGUCCGUCAAGUCGCCCUCAUCGCAAUAAUGGGACAAAUAGGGUCUUACGUCCCCGCUUCCUCUGCUCGUCUAGGUCUUCUAGACGCAGUCUUCACCCGGAUGGGUGCAUUCGAUAACAUGCUCGCGGGCGAAUCAACAUUCAUGGUCGAACUCUCCGAAACAGCCGAUAUCCUCAAACAAGCAAGUCCGCGCUCUCUCGUGAUUCUCGACGAGCUGGGCCGUGGUACCUCCACCCAUGACGGUGUAGCUAUUGCACAGGCUGUAUUAGAUUAUAUGGUUCGUUCGAUUCGCUCACUUACCUUAUUCAUUACACAUUAUCAACAUCUUUCACGGAUGGUUCAAUCGUUCCCUGAUCAAUCUCUUCGGAACGUUCAUAUGCGGUUCACGGAAUCGGGCGAAGAAGGGAAUGAAGAUAUCACGUUUUUGUAUGAGGUUAGCGAGGGAGUUGCGCACCGGAGUUAUGGAUUGAAUGUUGCGAGGUUGGCGAAUUUGCCUCCGUCUGUUAUUGACUUGGCGAGGGAGAAGAGUUCGGAGCUGGAGGAGUCUAUUAAGAGGAAGAGAUUGGCGGUGCUUGCUAGUGCCGUUGGGAAAGCUGUUGAAGAGAAGGGUUCUGAGGGGACGGCUGGUGAUGAUGAGAUGCUUGAACGGCUACUUGCUAGUGUUGCGCAGUUGUAG